UUGUUUGAACGGGUGUGUUUUUUCUCGUUUUUCUGUUUGUUUUCACGGCGAAUUCACACUUUUGCAGUCAUUCACAAUGCGCGACUCAGAACCACAAUUAAAACCAGAUAUUCUCCUUAAUCUCCUUGAUAAAUAUGUGUUCAGAUCGGUGAGUUGAUUGGUUUUUGAAGGAAAAAUUAUGUAAAACUUAUGUUUUUUGCAGAAAAUGAAUCAGAAGAUCAGAGAUGAAGCAGCAAAAUUGGAUCCGGAUAAAGUGAUGAAUCGAACAAUUGCAAUGCAACUUGUGCAAAAACUUUUCGAAAAAUCGAAAUCGAUGAAACAUUUAUACGGUUCACCAGAAGAAUUGGUUCAUUAUAUCUAUCAAUAUCAAGAAUUCCCAAAUAAUGCCGCAUUUUUGGGCAUGAAAGAUGUGCUCAAUUUUGAUUCUGUUGUUUUCUAUGGUGAUUAUGCUGGAGACAGUUAUAUGUCGAAAAGUGAAGCAUUUGUUUUCUUCUUCAUUUAUCGAAUCGCAAAGCCAAAAGAGUCUAAAUUUGUGAAUUUAACAGCACAUUUUAUUGGAAAUGAAGUUGGACGAGAAAUGAAUUCAAAAUUCGAAUUGGUUCAAAAAGAUUUCUUCUGCGAUACAAUUAUGUCAGAUUUUGAUACGAUUUUGGCACUCGCAAGUCGAAUUUUUGUUGUAAUAUUUUUAUUCUUUCUUCAAAUAAAAACCUCAAAAAUCUCCACAUUUUCUUUCAGAUAAACUCCGAAACCCUUCUCCGCAAUCCUCAUUUCAUCGAUCGAGUUUGUAGCAAAUUCAUGAUUACUGGAAGAAGUUGGGAUCAAGAAUCUGUCAAGAAUUAUCGAGAAAUUUUCGAGAGUCCAGGAUUUUAUCUUGUUGAGGAAACUGUUGAAGAAGUUUAUGAGAUUUUUGCGAAUCUUUUUGAUAAAAGUAAAGAUGAGCAAUGUUUUGUGAAAUUGAGGAAAUUGAUUGAAGAUGAGCAUAAGGUUAGUGAUUUUUCGAGAAAUUUGAUUUUGUGCUAAAAAAUCAAUUCCAGACUCAUCCAAUUCCGCUGAAUCUCGAUCAUUUCAAACGCAUCUACGAAGAACAAUUAGUAUGGCGAGGUCUACUUCGAAUCUUCUUUCGCUCCGAACCUUUCCGCAUCAAAUAUCCAUAUGUUCGACUUUUUAUCGAUGACGAAAUGGUAAAAUGCAAAAGAUUCUUUAUGGCAAAAGAAUUGGCUGAUGUUUUAGAAGUUGUGAUGCAGGAGAAAUUCAAGAAAGAAUUUCCCAGAAAUUUAUUAUCGAUUGAAAAUGAGGAAGAUAGAAAAUUGGGAAUUUCGAGAAUCGUUGAAUACGACACUUUUGAACAAGUUUUGGAAAGUCUCAAUUUGACUAAAGAUGAUCUACGAGUAAGUGUUUUUGGUGCCAAAAAUCCACGUAGCUCAAAAAAUGUUUUUCAGAUCGUUGGAGUUCGCCUAAAACCAACUGAUCGAGGUGAUAUAAUUCCAGUCAAUUCUUCCUAUGGAACAUAUUGUAAACUUGCAAAACAUGCAUUUUAUGUUAUUUUUGAGCAAAUUUCAAUUGGAAUGAAUUUAUGGAAAAGUAUGGAGAAACAGAAUUUCCCGAAAGUUUUUGAAUUUUUUGAAAAAUUGACGGAAAAUGAUGAGAUUUUCGGAGCAAAUCGGGUGAGUUUUUGUGGGAUAUGAAUUUGAAAAAAUUCGUUAGAUAUUUUCGUCCCGCUCAUCACUAAUUCGUUGUCAAAAAUUGCAGAAAUCAACUCUUAAUGAGUUAUGACGUGGCAAAGUUUGAAAAUUUCGAAAACUUGUAAAGUUACAUAUUUUUAAAUUUUGUCACGUCAUAACUCAUAUUAUGAGUUGAGUUCUGAAAUUGUUGACAGCGAAAUCGUAAUCAGCAGUUCGAAAAUCACUAGAAAAAUAUUUUUAUUAAAGUUUUCCACCUUUUAAUUUAGGAAUAUCGAUACUUCAUUGACACGUGGAAAAUCGAAGAAAUAAUCGAUUUGGCUUAUGAAGAACUUCUCAAAUAUUCAACAACAAAUAUGUAUGUAUUUCCAAAUAAAAAAUCAAAAAACACAUAUUCGGAAAAUGAAGCAAUGAAGGAAUUGAAGAAAUUCGCGCCAAAUUUUGAAAAUCAACAAAAACUCAUCGAAUCCUAUGAUAAUUUGAUUGAAAAUGAAAAAAGACCGAUUACUCAAAAAAUUAUUGGAUUUCUUCAUGAACGCGCAAUUCGAACUGCUUUUGUUGAAUGUCAUUCGAAAUUAAAUGAUUUUUUGAAUUUUCAAUUGAAUCCGAUACAAAUUUUUUUUGAUGUUGGAAAAGAAGAUAAACAAGUUGAAAGGAUUUGUUAUGCAAAACAUUCGGAGAUUUAUCGAGAUUUUAUUCGGUUCGUUUUUUUAAAUUUUUUGAAUCGAAAUUGUGCUAGAUUAGCUUAGCUGGUUAACGAUAACAUUAUUGAGUGAAAGGUCGUGAAAUCAAUCCCGAAUGCUUGCAGAAUUUUUAAAAAUUGAAUAUUAGUACAGUUUGGCGGCACUGUCUUUUGCUUUAGGGGCUCGAAAACCCUCAUUUUUUUUCCAGAAAAAUGCAUCCAACAAUCUCAACUCGCAACUUCAUUCCAAAAGAAAACCUCGAUAAAAUGAUCGAAAAUCAAAUGUCAAACUAUGAAAUUUCGGAAGUUUUCAUGGAAAAAGACCAUGCUGCAUUCGCCCAAAAUUCUCAACUUAUAUUCGAACUUUUUGAAUCGAAAUUGGAAAAUGAUGUGAUGUUGAUUCGAAGACGCGAAAAACCCAUCAAAGCAUCGGAUUUUAUUGUGAAUAUGAUAAAUCAAGACGAAAAUGAUGAUAAUAAUAUUUUUGAACAUCAAAGUACUUCGAAUGACCAGAAUUAUGAAGAAGAAUUGGAAAAAGAAAAUCGAAGAAAAAAUGAAGAAACUCAAGAAGUGAAACGUGUUUUUAAACGACAUAUAAAUCAACUUUUGAGGUGAUUUUUUUUUUAAAAUUCGGGCUAAAUAGAUGACACAUUUUUUGCUCAAAAAGCCAGGCAAAAUAAAUCGUGGAAUUUUGAAAAUUUCGAGAUUUCAAUCCCAUUCCAGAUUUUUCAGUCAAAAAUCCCAAAUUCAUUUUUUUUUCAGCGAACAAAGUGUUGAAACUCGCCGAUUAUUCCGUCGUUUUCUCGAUAAUUUGUCUUUGAACUCAUAA